CCGAUGAUGAAGCACACCCCGAUGAUGAACCACAACCGCCACCAGCGGAGCCCCUCGCUGCCCCCGCCAGCCCUUCCCAAGCUCAACCUGAAGAAGGUCCACGAGGUAGGCAUACAGACCGUCACUCAUCCUCACAUCCACACAGUCGUGAGUGUGUGUGUGUGUGUGUUGUGGUGCUCUCAGGAGCGUGAUCGCAACUACCCGCCAGACCAAGUGGCAGCAGCCGCAGCAGCAGCGCUCGGUCUUGAUGCUGCAGGUAAGGGAGGCAGCAGCAGUGCCAGCAGUGCGAGUGACGGUGAUGACGAGUGUUGCCGCGAUAUGGCCGCAGUGGCAGCCCCCACCACACACAAACGGCAGGACACGGACAGACAGGUGCGCCGCACUGUGACGCACACACAGGACUGAGGGAAAGAGAUCGACUGGACCUCUCUCUCUCUCUCUGCGUAUGUGUGCUGUGUUGUCUGCAGGAUAGCGAUGACGAUGAUUUCGACGCAGACGACCGCCUCAUAUAUACGGGCGAGAGCACGGCGCGCUACUACAUGCGGAAAUACGACGACGUCAAGAACCGAUACGAUGCCAUCAAAGACAUGUACGACCACCAAGGGAAGACGAUAGCCCAGCUGAGGUCGCAUCUUGCAGCUGCGGUUGAAAACAAGGUCAGUGAGAGACUGAGUGAGGCACACAUCUAUAGGCGCACACAUGCACAUCGAUGUGAUGUGUUGUGUUGUGCUGCGUGUAGACCAAGCUGCUGGCUGACAAGUAUGCGGCGGCUGCCAAGGCGGCCGAUGAGUGGUUCAAACUCGAGCACGUCCUCCGCACCACUAUCGGCAAACAACAGCGGGAGCUGGUCAGUGCCUGCGUGUUCCUCGACCAACAGAGGUCCACUGAUGAAGGGUGUCUGAUUGUGCGUGUGCAGGACAUGGCCAAUGCAAAGAUCCAGGAAGCCGAGAGAAACAAGGCUACUGACGCGGUUAGUCAGCACAGCCACUCACCAUCCAAUCAAUGACGAUGGACGGAAGGCUCUCCUCCUUGUGUGCGUCCAUAGGGUGGUACAGUGAGUCCCGGUGCUCGACCCGCCCCAUCGGCAGAGCAGUUCCAGGAGCUCGUGACUGAGUUGCAGUCACUGCAGCAAGUCUGCGCUGCUCAGGUUCUCAGGCGCCACCGCGGCCAUGUCAUGCACAACAAUCACGGCAUCUGUCCUGUCGCCUUCCUGUGUGUCAGCGUGCGGAUCUCGAGAACCUUCGCAGCGAGUGUCAAAACUACAAGAGCUUGUGAACGAGGAUGAUCUACCUGCAAAUACGUGGGUCGUGAUGCGUGUCCUGCCUGUCUCGGCCCCUCAGGUAUGAGUGGAGGGUUCGCGAUCUCGGCGCCACCCAGCAGCGAGUGAGGGAGGUGCAGGGCGCCCUCGAGCAGUCGGAGAAGGACAGGCUGGAAAUCAGACAGAAACAUGUCGAAGCCGGGGAGAAAGUCGAGCGAGCGGUAAGUCACUCAUCCAAUCCACACCUAAGGCACCUCACCCAAGCGGUUUGUAUUAUGUGUACAGGUACAUCCAGCGGGUGGAGCGUGAGAACAAGGCCGCUAAGGUACCUACCAUACACACACACGCGCAAAGCCACAGGUGGAUGUGUGGAAUGUGAAUGCCGGGCUGCGUUUGCGCAGACUCGGCUUGUCCAGUACAAGAAGGAUAGGAUCAACUCCAUGGUCAGUCAGUGAGGCUGAACCACCUGCAUGCCAUGGCUGUCGUGUACCAUACAGACGGAGAUCAGCACGCUCAAGAACCAGUUGGUCGUCAGUGAACAGGAGCGGGAGAAUCUACUCAUACAAAUCAAGGUGGGUCAGUCAGACACACCGAUUCACUCUCUGAUGAUGCACAGAUUUCUCGCCUUUUCUCUGUGUCGGUAUCAGAGCAAGAUCGAGCUGGAGCGCCGCGUUCAUGUGUUGGAGGCCGAGAACCAGGCCAAGGCUCGCGAGCACGAGCAUCUGAUGAAGCAGCUGGCGCUCGCCGAGGCGCGCAAGGACCAAAUCCCGCUCGAAAAGCACCAAUCCAUCCUACAGGCAAGACAUAUGAGCAGCUUCCAGAGACAGACGCGUGGAUGUCAUGUCGCGACUGUAACAGGACCGCUUGACGAGUCUCCACUCUCAGCAUCAGUCUGCGGUUCGCAUGCUUAAGGACCGAUUCGACCUCCAAGUCAAGGAGAAGGUAUGUUGUGGGGGUGUAACUGCUGAAAGCACACAUGAGCACGCACAUCCAUAAACUGUGUGUGCACCGAUGGAUGCCAGAUCCGUGAGGCUGAGGAGCGGAAGCAGUCUGAGUUCUCGGCCACGCUGAGCCAGAUUCGCCGUGGUGUGCAGGCAGGGCUUGAGGCGGCAUGCGACGAGGAAAUACGACAGCGCAAGACGGCGCAGGAAGAGGCCGAUCGGUGCAUAAGCUGAGACAUGACACGACAUGGAUGCACGGUGCCUAUCUGUUUGUGCAUGGGCUGAGCAGCCUGCGUGCCGCCAUUACGAAGCUCGAGGAACAGAACCUCGAGAACAUCAGACAAAGGAAGGUAGGUAGGUGGGCAAAGAAGGCACAGAGAGACCCACCGACCAGCGGUGCACAUCACAUCGACGCCCACAUGCUGUCAGGCGUUGGCGUCCACUCUUGAGGAGGCCUCGGCCAACCUGACCAAAGUUCACAGCAUCCUGCAGGACGAGAGGGCCAGGAGGGAGGUAAUAUCCUGAAUGAAUAUGCCUCUACAUGCAGCACAGCGGCCGACGCCUGUUUGUCUGUCCUUUGGUUCAUUCAGCAAUGUGUGGAGCGACUGAAGCGUGCCGACAUGGAGUGCACGUCCUCGAGCUUCCAAAUACAACACGUAGAGGAGACCGCACCCCCGCCAGCCCCGCCCGCACCCAAUCCCGCCCAGAUGCCUUUCCCAUUGCCGGCAUGCCCCUACCAUGAGAGCGGGCCUACUUAUGGCGAGACGUACAAGCAGUGGGAGCUGGAGCGUCAGGUGCCGAUGCCCCGAGGCGCAAGGAUCGCACAGCCCGACAACCGUGACUUCGGGUAUGACUGAGCGUGCAGCAUAGCAUGUGCCUCUAUCGAUUGCGGCUGCAUGCAUGCCAUCAUCUGCUGAGUGCAGGUCAACGUAUCGAACGUCCUUCAAGCAGCAUGAGAUGGCCCGGCGACCCAAGUGCCCGAUGGACCAUCUGCCAACGCCGCCAGUGCCUCCCGAUACUCGAAGCCUGGGUGCAGGGACGUCAAUGUACAAGCAGGAGUACACCCACAAGGAGGUGCCGAGGACACAGGCAGUCGUGCAGCCGCCCAGGCCUUACGCGCUGCUCAAGUUCGAGGGCACCUCCACACACAAGUUAGUAGGCCGAGGAAGGUGUCUCAUGCGCUGGCUGCAUGGGUGUGUGCGUGUGUUCAGAGCUGACUAUCAGCAGUGGGAGCUGCCCCCUCCCAGGCGCCCUCAGGCGGUCAACGAGCCCGUGUCUCUGCCCUUCCAGGGCGCCUCCACAUACAAGGUCACACACACACACACACACAGAGAGAGAGAGAGAGAGAGAGAGGGAGAGAAAAGAAAUCACCAUGGAGCCAUGCACCUGCAUUGCCGUGACUCUGUGAUGGUGUCUGUCGUGUCAGAAUGACUUCGAUCGCGAGGCGCUGCCCGACAAACCCCACGCCGAGAAGAUGGAGUGGACACCCAAGUGAGACGACGAGCAUUUAUCGAGGCAGCCAGCCAAGGCGACUGCUGUCUCUCCCUCUCCCUCUUCCUCUGCCUCUCCCUCCGUCUGUGUGUUGUGCAGUCCGGCAAAGUUCGAAGCCCUGUCGAGCUACCGCGAGUCUUACGACGAGAAGCCCGUCUGCAAGGCGCAGUCCGUCAAGCCCGUCGUGCAGGCCCGUAAGUGAGAAGUAACAACAGAGACAGACACAUGUCGAUACGCUGGUGGAUGGCGGGCGGAUAGGAUGGAUUGGCAUGUGUGUGUGCAGCGCCUCCUCUGCCGUUUGAGGGCACAUCCACGUACGUGAGAGUGAGAGCUCCGCGAGCGCCCCAGGCCAGAAAUCCAUACAAGGGGAAUAGCGAUAAUCAAAGCUGGGUUGUGUGGCUGGCAGAACUCAUGUCGUAAACACGUGUGUUUUGGGACACUUAUGUUAUGUCUCAGCUGAAUGAGCCUCGACGUAUGAGGGCAGGGGGAGAAAGACUCCAACAUCAGGGGCCCGACAAACACUGUCAUCUCACACUAAGGCAGAACGUGUUUUUCCUUUACCCUUAGGAUCAAGAGUCGAGGGA